UGUUUCAGCAGCUUCUUCAAAACUCCAAUGGAAACAGCAACAUGCUCAACCUCAAACUCAAACUCAAACUCAUCCUCCUUCCUUCUCCCUUUCCUCUCUUCUCCAAAGUUGCUACCUUUAACAAAACCCCACUUCGGAUCCUCUCUCUAACAACGGAUUUCUCACCCCGAAACUCUUCCACCACCACUAUGUCCAUAAACCUGCGCACCCAUGUCUUCGCCGGAAACCCCUUACACUUCAAAUCACACAAAAACAUUGACUCCUUAUCUCCCUCUUCGGCUUUCGAAGCUCUCACUGCUCGAAUUCUGGGCAAUUCUCAACCUUCUCCCACUCCCCUGAAUUUCAAGGUUCUGCCUUUCAGAAAUGGGAAGGCCUUGGCCUCUUCCGCCGCUGGCUCCGGCGACUCCCCGCCGAUUUGGAAUCUGGGUUGGAUCGGUUUGGAUGAUCUGAGGGGUAUAUUGGGAAGUUCCGGUGCGCAGCUGAGCGCUGAGUCAUUGGUGUAUUUGGGAUCAGAGGACGACGUCGUUUAUUGGGCAAUUGAUGUUUCUUCUUCUGAGGCUGUUGAGUUUGGUGCAAGGGAGUUGAGCUUUGUGGAGGUACGAACGCUAAUGGUGGCUUCUGAUUGGCGCGAUUCACAAGCAAUGGGAAACUUGGCUGUUGCUGGCCAUGCCAAGGCACUGCUAGAAUGGCAUAAUACUUCAAGAUUUUGUGGGCAUUGUGGGGCGAAAGCAGUCCCAAUGGAAGCUGGGAGACGGAAGCAAUGUUCAAAUGAUUCGUGCAAGAAAAGGAUAUAUCCACGCGUUGAUCCGGUGGCCAUUAUGCUAGUCAUUGAUCGAGAGAAUGACCGUGCCCUUUUGGCUAAACGAUCAAAGUUUGUACCUCGAUUAUGGACCUGCUUAUCAGGUUUCACAGAGGCAGGAGAAAGCUUGGAGGAAGCUGUGAGAAGAGAAACAUGGGAGGAGACUGGUAUUGAAGUGGGAGAAGUUGUAUAUCACAGCUCUCAGCCAUGGCCUGUUGGACCCAAUAGCAUGCCAUGCCAGCUGAUGGUUGGGUUCUUUGCAUAUGCAAAAUCCUUCGAAAUAAAGGUUGACAGGGAAGAGUUAGAAGAUGCUCAAUGGUACAGUAAAGAAGAAGUAAGAAAAGCAUUGACGUUUGAUGAAUACAAGCAAGCACAAAGAAGUGCAGCUGCAAAAGUAGAACAAAUGUGUAAGGGAGUAGGAAAGAAUCAAAGUUUGGCUGCAGAUUUCAAUGUUGGAACUCAACUUAAUCCAAUGUUUGUUCCUGGACCCUUUGCCAUAGCUCAUCACCUUAUCUCUUCUUGGGCCUUUGCAGACCAAAAUGUAGUAAAUGGUGUGGGAAGCAAUUCAAAACAACCUGUUAGUAGUAUUUGAUAAUGACAAACUUGUCGGACUGGCUGAAAUUAUUUUUGGGAACUAUCUUAUUAGUGUCAUGUAUCAUUUUAUCUCAGUAUAAUAGGUGGAUUUGGUAAAGAUCAUCAUUUUAUCAUUGUAUCUUAUUAUUUUUUCAUGUACAACACAAUCUAUAUUAAAAAUGAAUUCCAUAUUUUGUUUUGCU